CUUGAUCGGAGGCCGCGUUCGGACCUAAUGCUGCCAUACCCUUCAGGUGCACUUCACUCUCUUCCUGCUAGACCGUGCUCCUUCGUCUCUUUCUAUUAUUCCCGUCAGAAGAGUACGCAGGCGCGGACGCCUUUCCGAGAGAAUGGAAUACCAAGUAAAGGAUAUGACGAAUGGCGACCCUAUCGUCGAAGACCUUGCCGAUGACGGACCAGACGCCUACGAUGUCUCAACGGACAACAUUAUCGACUUCGAAGGCCCAGACGACCCAAGCAAUCCCAUGAACUGGUCUGCGCUAUACAAAUGGAGCAUGGUCAUCCUCAUCUCAAUCUUGAGUCUGAUAGUGAACCUCGCAAUUCUGAUGUGUGCUCCCGCGACAUCAUACGUUCUGGACGAGUUCCACUCUUCGAGCAAACUGCAAGCCACGCUCCUCGUCUCCAUCUGGGAACUCGGCGAAGUCAUCGGGCCGCUGGUAAUCGCUCCGCUAUCGGAGUCCUUUGGUCGCCUUCCGGCGUACCAUUCCGCGAAUAUUUUCUUCAUCCUUUGUACGGUAGCGGCCGCGGAAAGCACGAGUAUGGGAAUGCUCAUUGCGAUGAGAUUUCUUCUGGGCUUCUCGGUCGCUUCGACGGUUAUAAAUCCUUGCAUUGUUGGGGACAUGUUCCCUGAGGAGCACCGAGGAAAGGCGAUGAGCCUUAUGGGUAUGAUUCCUUUUGUAGCGCCGUGCUUGGGCCCCACCAUCGGUGGAUUUGUGGCUGAGGCUCGUGGGUGGCGAUGGACAUUCUGGGUCACAGCUAUGAUCGCAGCACCGCUUCAACUCCUCUUCCUGAUCUUCUACCGAGAGACAUACCGAGUGCGCAUUCUUCAAAAGAAGGCAGAGAGACUGCGGAAGGAGACGGGAAAUGCUUCUUUGAGAUCGCGAUACGAACUCGAGCUUUCGCCCUCAGCUAUGAUAGCGAGGUCCUUUUUGAGGCCACUGAAGAUGCUUCUUUUCUGCCCAGUGGUGCUGCUGGUCGGUUUGUGCGGGGCAGUCAGUAUGAGCUUGGUUUACGUUAUCAUCACCUCCAUUAGCGAAGUCUAUGACACCACCUAUGGGUUCAGGAAGCAAUUUCUGGGCUUGACUUACUUCGGCCUUGGAGUCGGCAUGGUGUUGAGUACCUUCUCGGUGGGCCCUUUUCUUGACCGAUAUAUGCAAAUGAAGAAACAAGCGGGUAAAGGAAGUCCUGAAGAUCGUGUCCUGCCGAUGCUCUUGGGUAGCAUUCUGGUUCCAUGUGGAAUCCUCGCAUUCGGAUGGUCGGUGGAAUACAAGACGCACUGGGUCGCUCCUAUACUCUUCUCUGUAUUGGUUGGAUACGGCUACGUUUCGAUAGCAAUCUCGGCCUGGAGUUACCUAGUCGACGCGUUCGGCAUAUAUGCGGCUUCCGCAACUGCAGGGACUGUUAUUUUACGUAACGCAGGCGCCGCCUCGUUGCCACUUGCUGGGCCGUCGCUGAUUGAGAAGGUGGGUAUUGGCUGGGGCUAUAGCGUAUUGGCCCUUCUAGGAGCGGUCGCAGUGCCUAUACCCAUUCUUUUGAUUCAGAUGGGCUUAAGGUUAAGAAAAUUGCAGCCUUCCCUAGAUUAAGGACUAUGUCAAGGGAGCGCGAUCUGGCAAUGCUG